UUGCUGAGUUGGUCGCAAUCAUUGUUUCUCUGCAGCAUUAACCACAUUCCAGAGAGGCGCAGCGCAUCCUGUCUCCCUCCUCGCAUUCCUUUUACGCAAACGAGUCCCCUGCGUAAAACGGCGUUUUAUUUGCGUUUUCGCACGCCUGGCGUGCUCAGACUUACUUCCGAGGGAUAUUCGGGGCAUAUGCGAUUCUCCGGUCUACUUUAAUUUCUGUCGGAGCGGCGCUAAGAAAAAUCCGAAGGAAAAACCAACAAGGGGAAAUUCCUCCGCGCAGCGCGCCAUUGACUGUAAAGACCUUUCAACUUAACAAAAACUGAAGUUGACAAACGUAUCCCCGUCGGCUAAAACUGUGAGAAAGAGUUUGUUUUUUCGGCGGAGCGGGGAAAGAGGAGGCGGACGAUGCGGCUCGCGGUGGAGGUUUCUGGGCACGUCUGUGGUUUUCUGUAGCUAAAUGAGCGACGGCAGCGCGGCGGCGAUUUGUUUUGAUUUCCAUGUGAAAUGCAAUUAGUGCUCCGCGGUGCUCGCUAGUUUGGCUCGCGGAGCGGAGCACACUCUCAACUUGUUUCUCGCCUCGGGAGCGCAACAUGGAUCAUUAUCAGGAGGAUUUGGGACUCCGGGCCACUCAACUGAUGGAGGACCUCUCCUUGUAUGACGCCUACAAAGACGGGAUGUACAACGCGAGGAGAGACUUGGUGAUUAACCCCGACUUGGACUUUUCGGCUCCGGGGACCGCGGAGCAUAAAACUAAGCCAAUGAAUGGCACCUCCGCGCUCCACCAGCAGCAUCACACGGUGGAGAAUUUCAUGUCUGGGAAUAAAGUGUACACCGCGGCUCCGGUGCGCCCCGUGAAUUGCAACCGCGCCGUUCCUGUGGAUUUUUGUGCCCCUCAGAGGGACGCGGUUUAUAGCGAGGAGGGCUGUUGCACCAAAUCCGAAGUGGCUCUGCCGUGUUACACGGGCAACUCCGACAGGCACCGGAGGUAUUCUCUGGAGGUGCAGGGCCACAGGUACAGCACCGGCUCCACCUUUGACGGCGUGCCUCUCAACAAGCCGGUGGCUCUGCCGGGCAACAGGUGCAACAGUGUCUGUAUCACCAGCAGCCACGACGGGAGGUACAACGCCACCAGUCCCCGGUCCAGCCUGGCGUCUUCUCUGUCCUCUCAGGAGCAGAGCAAGCACGCCAGCCCGAGGUCGAGCAUCAGCAGCCCACGCACUAGUUUGGUGGUACCAGGUCAGGACAGGUACACGAGCCCCAGGUCUAGUUUGGUUCACUGUGAGGGCAACAGUGCCCUCAGCCCUCGAUCCAGCUAUGCAAGCACCGCCAGCGACACAAGUAAACACUCCAGUCCCAGGGCCAGCCUCAACAGCUGUGACUGCUGCAGCAAGCCCAGCAGCAACCGCACCAGCGGCAUCAGCAUGGGCUACGACCAGAGGCACACCAGCCCCAGGUCGAGCACGGCAAGCCAGUACUCGUUCACCACCAGCCCGAGAUCCAGUUACUCCGACUCGCGGUACGGGCCCGUGGUCAACCACGACCUGGAAGGGGCGAUCUUGCACGCAGCGCCACUGGCAAGUCCCCGUUCGAGCAUCUGCAGCCAGGACGGCAGCGCAAGACAGGGGACCACGGCGAACUGCGUGGUCAGCCCGCGGUCCAGCAUCUCCAGCCACAGCUCCAGAAGUUCCCGCAGCUCCAGGGGAUCUAUGAGCACCUACCCGGAGUUGCAGCUGCCUUCCCCCAGGUCAUCCAUGCUGGGGAGCAGUUUACACGAGGACACCCUGCUGCAGGACUUCGGAGACUCCAACGGGAUUCACAGUCGCAUCCACCUCCAGGGGCUUUCGUCGGUCCCUGAACCCCAGCAGCACACAGUCCAGGCCGGGGUGGCCAUGGAGAUAAGUGCGGGAUCGCCCUCAUCGUUUAGCUACGGCAUGUCCUCGAAAGCGGCAGCUCCCUCAGGCCAGAGGUUUAAGCUGCCUUACCAGGUGACCCCCAGCCGAGAGAGCGGGCCAAGCCAGGCGGAGAAAAGGCUGGAGGCUCUCACCUUGGAGCUGGAAAAGGAGUUAGAGAUGCACAUGAAAAAGGAAUACUUUGGUAUCUGUGUCAAAUGUGGGAAAGGUGUGUACGGAGCCAGCCAAGCUUGCCAGGCCAUGGGAAACCUGUAUCACACAAACUGCUUCACCUGCUGCUCUUGUGGGAGGAGGCUGCGAGGGAAGGCGUUCUAUAAUGUCAACGGGAAGGUCUAUUGCGAGGAGGAUUUCCUGUACUCCGGUUUCCAGCAGACGGCCGAGAAGUGCUUUGUGUGUGGUCACCUCAUCAUGGAGAUGAUCCUGCAGGCGCUGGGCAAGUCCUACCAUCCUGGCUGUUUCCGCUGCGUCGUGUGUAAAGAGGGUUUAGACGGAGUACCUUUCACUGUGGAUGUUGAGAACAACAUCUACUGUGUUAAAGACUACCACACGGUUUUUGCUCCCAAGUGUGCGUCGUGCAACCAGCCCAUCCUCCCAGCCCAGGGCUCUGAGGAAACCAUCCGGGUUGUGUCUAUGGACAAGGACUACCACGUGGAGUGCUACCAUUGUGAGGACUGUGGUCUCCAGCUGAAUGACGAGGAAGGCCACCGCUGUUAUCCACUGGAAGGACACCUCCUCUGCCACAGCUGCCACAUUCACCGGCUACAGUCACAGGUCAACGCCCACCCGCCCCCCAGCUACCCCCUCCACGUCACCGAACUCUGAGGGAGGGGGGCGGGGACCAAGUUCCACCUCCCAGGUGAUCCAGAACACCAGCAGCAGGCACAAAAAAACAACAACAAAAAAAAGGCCUGCGUCCCCUCCAGCAGUUCCAGAAAAGCCUCUGUGUGGCCAUCUGAGCUACUGGCCUGUUCUCAGCUGGACAGCCAGACUGUGAACUUCCACACCACAAGCCCUGCUGUCAAAUGUCAGGGCUGGGAAAAAAAAGGGUUUCCCCCUUCCUCCAUCUGUGGUCCUUUCCCCCCUCCCUCUUCCUCUUGGGUGCCGAACCCUGAAAGCCAACACGGCGGCUCGCCCAGAGGCCCACAGUGACGUCACACCUCCCGACCUUUACCCGUUUGUCAAAGAAAGCGUUUUCGGAUUGGAGGAGAGAGAACCCGUCUCUCGGUCUCUCAGAUUGCAUACCCUCUCAUCCUUUCCGUGCUUUUUUUUUUUUUUUUUUUAUUCCCGUGCUCUGACUGAAUCAGUUUUUACCGCAGCGAAUUCACUGGUGCUGUCACGUCUGAGAGCGCCGUCGGCGCCGCCAUCAGGGAGGCCAGGGAACGAGCCGCAACAUUCCAGUGCUGGCUGGACUGGACGGACCCGAGGGGGGCGGACAUGCCGUGCCUUCAGAGCGGGCUCUCCCUCUCUCUCUCUCUCUCUCUCUCUCUCUCUCUCUCUGUGCAGCUUCCAACACUGAAAUGAAACCCUGCUAACGGCUAUGCAAGGGACACCCAGCAUCAAAACACCCGUCUCACAUCUGUGAGUAAAACUCUCGACCGCCCCGACGUAACUGAUGCACCGUAGCACCGCGAGCCCAGAAGACCGACUGACAUUCCACGUAGAAGUCCAAGACGACACCUCGAGAGAUUCACAAGCAGUGUCUUAAUUAAUGAUUAUAUUAUGAACGGAAAAAAGAAAAUUUUAGAUGCACAUAGAUUGUCUUUUAUAUAUGAUUAUAUAUUUGCAGAUGUUUUCCACAUAAGAUGCUAGAUGUAGAUUCUUGUUGUUCUUUUUUUUGUUUUCUUUUUUUUUUUUUUUAAUGUUGCUGCGCUCGUGAUAGAAUCAGAGGUGAAACUGUUCAUCGUUCAGUCUGAAGCCUCUGAGGCUUUUGGGUCUGUUGUAUCAUUUCUCUUCCAGGACACGGAGCCUCCUCUCGGCUGUCAGUGGGUCAGAGACUCACAGGCUUUGUAGGAGCAGACCUCAUUCAAAUAGUAUUUGGCUUCAAUUGUUUUAUCCCACUUUGAGCACCCAGUGAGCGCUGAGCAAAUAACUCCUCACCCUGUUGACUGUAGCUCACGGCUGACAGCUGAUUCCGGCGGUGCUUCCAGUACACGCGCUUUUAAUGAGCAAUGUCUGUCUUUGGUAGUUGAUUCUUACAAAAUCCUUCAAAUUCUGUCCCGCCGUGGGACGAAUUAAAGGAUUAUUUUUAUUUUAUUGUAUUUUAUUUUUAUUUACACAAUCAGCACUUUUAAGAGUUAGCCUAACCUUGAAGUCUUCAGGAAGAGAUCAGUCCAAAAUAAGACUUUAAAUACAAAGAUUUACAGCUUUUGGUGACGCUUUGCAGUCGUAACGGAAGACAAAUGUCAGCCCCUGACAGAAAAUGUCAGCUGUCGAUAUGAGAAUUAAUCAUUAAUCUCUGUGGUUUAAACGCAUUUUAGAAAGUCUUGCUAGAAGCAGUUGGACUAAUGGUUAUACAAUUUUACAAGCUUCUGUACUGGAGCUGUGCUUCGUCGGCAGUCAGCUAGUUGGUAUGCAGGGGAACAUAUGAAAUCUUGCGCAAUGCCAUUUCUUUUUUUUAACAGGAAGUUUUCAGUCAACGAUGGUUCUGGUCCUUCAGGUACUCAGAGCGGGAUGAAACACAUACUUAUCUGCAUGUGCUAUUUGAUCGAGGUCUGCUCAGGGCACUGCUUCCUGGUAUAAUUUCCUGACGCUGUGUUUUUUGUCAUAUGAGUACAGAGUGUGUUACUAUGAGGAACCUCCACUUGUCCACAUGCCUUAAGACAGAACCGGUAUGUUUGUGUGUCUCGCGCUGGUCUGCCACGAAGUCUGCUGAUGCGUUUUAGGAGGACGUCCCUGAAAACACGGAGCUGCUGGUCCCACCCGUGUUUUUUUUGUUUGUUUGUUUGUUAGUUUGUCUGUUUUUUAAAGGGAGCUGUCCCUCUUGCUUAUUGUGUGUGUGCUGGCAGGCGCUUCCAUGUUUCUGCGAGCGCGUGUGUGUGUGUUUGUAUACCUGUAUAUAUGCAAAAGAAAACCUACACGAGACAAAAACACUUGAAACUCUACGCUGUGGUGGUGCUGGAAGACUAUUCUCACCCUUUCCCCGCGUGACUUUCUUAUCAGCGACUUCGAUUGGCGUUCAGCAAGCGGGUUGGAAUUCAAUAUAUUCCCUUUUUGAGGUGAACCCUUCAUUCUUGCACAGUGCAAAAACAUCGGAGCUUUUUGCGUACAGGCGCAGAUCAACCCCAACGAUAUGUUCUCUUUUUCAAGUGAUGGCAAAUUGUGUAAAUGGUUGCGUAUGUGUGUGCAAGAAAGAGAAAGUGUGUGUAUUAGUGGCAGGGCCAUGGCACAUGCACCUCACUGUGUUUGCAGGGCAGCGCAGCAUCCAACACAGUGACCCCUGCUCUCUCUGUUGAAACCCAGCGGUGAUUCUGACGAUGCUGUCUGUCCCAUGUCUCAUACCUUAUUCCAGAUGUCUGUGUGUAAUAUUUGGUGUUCACUCGAGUUUCUCUCUACAGUCGUAGUGCCUCGUAUGGACGUGGAACAUGUGCACACGUGUUCCACCUCAUUUUCCCUGUAGCUAGAUGGAUUCAACUUUGACCGUAGCAAGCUCCACCUGUCUAGUGUUCGGACUAGAGUAAAACAAACGCCAAGUAUUGCUAACAAACACUGGCCCAGCUCUUAUUCAUACUGUAAUACACACAGCUCUGAGUAAAUACUACUGAAUGUGUCGAAGGCAGACUGAAGGCAGGGGUCACCACAGGCGGAAAAAAAAAAAGUGCUUCUUAAUGUUACCUGAUGUAAUGAGAUUCCUUUGAAUGUAAUAAUGAUUAGUGUUUGUAAAAGCAGAGAAGAAAAGGACUGCAUACUGUACGUGAGACAUCCCCCUUGUUGUAUGAUGUGUUAAACCUCAGAUUUUGUACAAGGGUCAAGUAAUGUGUGCUAUACUUGAAGAAUGAGGCAUUUUCUGAAUUCAUCUGCACAAUAUCAGCCCCCCGAGGAAAACAAAAAGAAAAAAAACCUUUAACAGGACCCUUUAAAGAAGUCUUAAUUUUUACUUGUUUAAAAGUACUACUUCAGUUUCUAUUGCAUAGCACACAGCUAGUUACCCUGUACAUAAAGAGGCUAGUUUUUUAUUUCUAUUUUAUUUUUCUGUCAAAAAUCACUUGGAAAGAGAAGACUUAUUCUUCUUCUCCUACUGGUAGUUCCAAUAAGCACAUCUCGACACCUGUCACACAUCUUUUAUAUCGCUAAGUGUUUUGAUUGCCUAGAUGGUUCAUUUAAAAAAACAAAAAAAAACAACAAAAAAAAGGAAACUAGAUCUAUUUAUCUAAACAUGAAAAAAGUCUAAAGUUAUUUAAUGUAUUAAAAUCGGGACGUAUCAUUUAACUGUAGAUGACAUAAUCUGCUUUUUCAAUAAAGUGGUUUUGUAGCUAACUACGA